UAUUACUUCAAAGUUUGGAAAUACCCAUGUCUAUUUCAUAAUGCGAGUAGACUCGGGUGAAUGCCUACUCCAACUUCUCCAACGUUUCAUCAAAUGCCAAAAUCAAGUCGAGCAAAUUCACUCUCUCCUCCUAACCAAAGCCCACCUCCUUUUUAACCCAACAAUUUCAUCACACUCAAAAUGGAAAUCAACCCUUUUCUACAACACCUUAACGAGAGCCUACCUUAAUUUUGGACAAACAUACAACACUGUCUAUCUCUUCACUCUCAUGCUCGCCCACCAAACCCCUCCCAAUAGCCACACCUUCCCUUCCCUCAUCAAAGCUGCCACACUUUCCUUUCCCUCUAUUGGAACUUCCCUUCAUACCCAAGUUAUCAAACGCGGUGUUUUAUGUGACCCCUUUGUACAAACAUCAUUGCUUGCUUUUUACUCACAAAUAGGUUGCUUGUAUAAUGCCCACAAAGUGUUUGAUGGAAUUCUUCACCCAUGGAUUGUUGAAUAUAAUGCAAUGCUGGAUGCUUAUGCGAAGAAUAAUGACAUGGGUUCUGCAAUUUUGCUCUUUAAAAGAAUGCUUAAGCGAGAUGUUGUCUCGUGGACCACUGUUAUUAGUGGGUUUUCAAGGAGUGGCCUUUUCAGGGAGGCAAUUAAUUUCUUCAGGGUGAUGAUUGCACAUGAAGAUGUGAGUCUAGGUUUGGUUAAGCCAAAUGAAGCAACUUAUGUUAGUGUAUUGUCUUCUUGCGCUAGUCUGGACGAAGGUGGAUCGCUUUUUCUAGGGAAGCAAAUGCAUGGAAGUAUUAUUAGAAAUGAGGUUGUUUUGACUGUUUUCAUUGGGACAGCAUUGAUAGAUUUUUACGGGAAAGUGGGUUGUUUAAAUAGUGCAAUCAGAGUGUUCAAUAGCAUGACUAUUAAACAGAUUUGUUCUUGGAAUGCAAUGAUUUCUUGUCUUGCUAAUAAUGGAAGAGAAAAACAAGCUUUAGACAUGUUUGAGAUGAUGGAGGAAAAAGGUCCAAGUCCAAACGAAGUAACUUUUGUUGUUGUGCUUACUGCAUGUACUCGUGCCAAGCUAGUACAGUUUGGUAUGAGGUUGUUUCAAUCAAUGUGGAGUGACUACAGUGUUAAACCAAUAAUGGAACAUUAUGGAUGUGUGGUUGAUCUAUUGGGUAGAGCAGGGUUAUUGAGAGAAGCAAGUGAAAUCAUAAGGAGUAUGCCUUUUGAGCCUGAUGCUUCUGUUUUGGGGGCACUUUUAGGUGCUUGUAAGAUUCACGGAGCCAAUAAGUUGGCAAAUGAAGUUGGGGGAAGGUUACUCCGAUUGCAGCCAUUGCAUUGCGGGCAAUUUGUUUUGUUGUCAAACAUUAAUGCUGGAUUGGAGAAAUGGAGUGUUGCUGCUGAUGUGAGAAAAGCCAUGGUAGAGGCAGGGAUUAGCAAAGUUCCUGCCUAUAGUUUAAUUAAUUAUAUGGGAAAAACGUAAAUUUGUUUAAUCUGUCAUACAAAUUAGUCACCUUUAUUGCAACAGUAAUGAGCUUUCUCACAGUAUGCAGCUAUUUCCAAUCAACGAA